GGCUUUCUUAUUUUCGGGUUUCUGCAAUAUGUAAAAAAAAACAGGUAAAAGAUCAGUUAGGUCGAGAAAUCGAAGAUGGACAAAGCAAGAGAAGCCUUGACCGUGGGAGAAGAGGACUCGCGUGUUCUCACUAAGCUGGAAGUUCGCCCCCACCGCGCCGGUGAUGACGCCAGUUUCUACGAAGGUUUCGCUCUCCGAGGACUACGUGUCGAAACCAUCAGUCCAGGCUACCUCUCCUGCUCCUUCAAAGUUCCUCCUCGCCUCACCGACAGGAAUGGGAACAUGUCGUUAGGGGCUAUCGCUAAUUUGGUUGAUGAGGUGGGAGGGGCAGCCAUGCAUGCUGACGGCCAUCACAUGAAGGUCUCUGUCGACAUAUCCAUCUCUUUUCUCGCCAACGCUAAGCUUCAUGUCGGUAAUAUGAGUCCACCUUCCUUAAACUUUUACUCUUUUUAAUAUUUGCUUUUCUUUAUAAGUAUGCAACUAUUACACUAUGAUUUGGAGUUAGAAUUCAAAAUUAGGGUGAAAAGAAAGGAAUUCGAAAUAAAAGUGGAUUGCUUUUUUAAAUUUUAGUUUAAUGGCUCAUUUGGUUGACUAUAGAUGAAAAGUGAUGUGGGAAAUUUAUCAUUAGAUCGUUAGAAGAAGAGGAUGCUUGAAGGAUUUCCAAGAUCAAGAGAAUAAAUCAAGCUCAAAGGCUUCAAUUCAUAUAAUAUUCAUCAAUUGCCUUUUUCCUACUACAAUAAUUAUAUUUAUAAACUAGGGAGAACAUUCUAGAAUGCAUAUAACAAACAUGUAACAAACUUAGAUAAGUUAUUCAUAAGGGAUUAUUUAGCUAAUGAUGUUCCACAUCAUACUCCCCUAGCAUCAAAAGAACUAGACUCCGUCGAGACGUUUCAUCGAUGGGGAGGUAAGUGUAGAGAACAUAAGCAAUCCUCCUGGGUCGAAGAUUUUGAAUACCCACAAAAGAUUUUUCAGCAAUCAUAAUAAAGCAUGAAUACCAUAAUAAACCAUAUCCUUGUUGUGCUUACAGAGGAUCCCAAGGAUCGUGGCAGAAUUUUCCUUAGCCUUUGAAGAACCCGUCUUAG